UGACCCUCAUCAACCCCUUACCUCCCUCUCUCUCUCUCUCUCAUCAUCUCUCUCUCUCAUCAGUGCCGGCAACAAACGACUGUAACAAGUUUCUGCUGCAGAUUCACACAUCUGACUUCAAAUUGUUCCUUCAACUUCCAAUUGCUGUUACUACGAUUGCAUAGGGACGAAUGAGUGGUUGAUUUGGUUUUUAUUGGAAAAGGGGAAAGCUUAUGAGAAGUUAGGAAUUAUUGGCAGUUAGGUUUAUUUUGUAGAGGAAAUGGAUUUUGCAUCAGUUUCGUCGUCUCAUAGUGUACAAUCGGCUACGAUGCCUCAAACAUUAUUACCGGGAGGUAUGACCGGUCAAAGUGGGAGAACAAGCUUGAGCUCAAGCAAUGGAUACGAAACCCAAUCUCACUAUUCCGCCACUAAUGGAGAUGAUUAUGACAGUGAUGGUUCCAAUUUUGCACCGGCUACACCGAUGACCCUUUCUAGUUCAGUUCCAGCAGAGCUUGCUGGUGCCAUUCCCUUGAUUGAUAAAUUUCAGGUGGAGGGGUUUCUAAGGGCCAUGCAAAAACAGAUAAAUUCCGCCGGAAAACGCGGUUUUUUCUCAAAAAGAUCCGUAGGACCUCAAGAUCGUGAUAAGUUCACAUUUGAAGAUAUGUUGUGUUUUCAAAAGGAACCGAUUCCAACAUCGCUAUUGAAAAUAAACAAUGAUUUUGUGAGCCGGGCAGUAAAGCUAUUCCAGACGAUUUUAAAAUAUAUGGGAAUAGAUUCAUCCGAAAAAGGGAAUCCAAUUGGUCUAGAAGAAAGAAUUGAACUUGUUAGUAAGUUGUAUAAACAAGCGUUGAAACGUUCUGAGCUUCGAGAUGAAAUUUUUGCACAAAUUUCAAAGCAAACCAGGAAUUGUCCUGAUAGGCAAUAUUUAAUAAGAGCAUGGGAACUUAUGUAUAUGUGUGCAUCAUGCAUGCCACCUAGUAAGGAUAUUGGUGGAUAUUUAUCAGAAUACAUUCAUGAUGUUGUACACAAUGUGAAUACAGAUCCUGAUGUGCAAGUCUUUGCAAUGAACACUCUAAAUGCACUGAAAUGUUCAGUGAAGGCGGGCCCACGCCAUACGAUUCCGUGUCGUGAAGAGAUUGAAGCUAUUUUGAUUGGUAAAAAGCUUACCACAAUCGUGUUUUUCUUGGAUGAAACUUUCGAAGAAAUAUCAUAUGACAUGGCAACAACCGUUUCCAAUGCUGUUGAGGAACUUGCUGGUAUAAUCAAAUUGUCAGCUUAUGCAAGCUUUGGUUUAUUUGAGUGCCGUAAAGUUGUUACCACCUCUAAGUCACCUGAACCUGGAAAUGAGGAGUAUAUUGGGUUGGAUGACAACAAGUACAUCGGUGAUCUCUUAGCCGAAUUCAAGUCAGCAAAGGAUCGAAGUAAAGGCGAAAUUUCGCAAUGCAAGUUAACGUUUAAAAAGAAGCUAUUUCGUGAGUCGGAUGAAGCUAUUGCAGACCCGAUGUUUGUUCAACUAUCAUAUGUUCAACUACAACAUGAUUAUAUUUUGGGAAACUAUCCGGUUGGGAAGGAUGAUGCUGCACAACUAUCGGCAUUACAAAUAUUGGUUGAAAUAGGAUAUGUUGUAAAACCUGAAACAUGCACUGACUGGACUUUACUCCUGGAGCGGUUUCUGCCUAGGCAAAUUGCUAUAACUCGUGCCAAGAGAGACUGGGAAUCGGAUAUACUUAACCGUUAUUGUUCCAUGGAAAAUCUAACAAAAGAAGAUGCAAGGCAACAAUUUUUGAGAAUUUUAAGGAUGCUUCCAUAUGGAUAUUCAGUUUUCUUUAGUGUUCGCAAAAUUGAUGACCCUAUUGGACUUCUACCCGGAAGAAUCAUAUUGGGUAUUAACAAACGUGGGGUUCAUUUUUUCCGUCCGGUCCCUAAAGAGUAUUUGCACUCAGCUGAGUUAAGAGAUAUAAUGCAGUUUGGUAGCAGCAAUACGGCUGUGUUUUUUAAGAUGAGAGUUGCGGGUGUCUUGCAUAUAUUCCAAUUUGAAACUAAGCAGGGUGAGGAAAUAUGUGUUGCCCUUCAAACACAUAUAAAUGAUGUCAUGUUGCGCCGGUACUCUAAAGCGCGUUCUGCCGUCAAUUCGGGUCCUAUCAAUGGUGAUAUCUCAGGUAAUUCAAAACCUCUCAAUGUGGAUGGUGGUGAGAAACGAGCACAAGAUUUAACGAAAGCUCUUGAAGAAUCCCAAAAAACUGCAAAGCAAUUGUCAGAAGAAUUACGUGAGAAACAGAGGAAAGAAACGAGUAUGCAAGAAGAAGUGGACACGUUAAAAGACAUGUUAAGAUCACAAAAGCAAAACUUGGAAGAAUUAUCAUCCAAAUAUAAUGAACUUAGAACUUUAUGCGACGAGAAAGAAUCUAGUCUUCAGGCUGCAUUGAUCGAUCAACGAGACAUGAAAGCUCGACUUUCACAACUUAGUAAAGGAGAAUUGGAGAACAAUACCAAAAAGGAAUUAGUUGAAGCAACUAAUCAGGUUUUACAAAAGAUCCAAGACGAACUAAGGACGCGUAGCUUAGAGUUGCAUGCAGCCGAAGAAAUGAAGAAAAAACUGUUUAAUGAAAAACUAUUGUUAGAAGAGAAGAUUUCAAGGCUUGAAAAGAAGAAAGUUGAUGAGAUUCGUUUGCUCGAGAAAGACUUGGAACAAGAAAGAAAGGCAACAAAGCCUCGAAUUUCCGAACUUGAAAGAAAGGUCGAAGAACUUACCCAGAAAUUAGCGGCUGCGGAGUCCAGCCUGGCAAUAAAAGAUACCGAGUUAUCCACGUUGCAUAUAAAUCUUAAAGAAUUAGCGGAUCUGCGAGAAAUGAAAGAGGAUAUUGACAGGAAGAAUGAGCAAACCGCCGCAAUAUUGAAGAUGCAAGCCGAACAGUUGGCUGAGUAUCAAGCACUUUAUAAGGAAGAACUGGUUUUGAGAAAACGUUACUUCAACAUCAUUGAAGAUAUGAAAGGCAAAAUCAGAGUGUACUGUAGAUUAAGACCUCUGACUCCGAAAGAAAUAUUCGAUAACGAAAGAAACGUUCUUAAUACUGUUGAUGAAUUCACGGUUCAACAUUUAGGACGAGAUGAUAAAAUCAAACAACAUUCUUAUGAUCAUGUGUUUGAUGGAAAUGCAAGUCAAGAAGAUGUUUUUAAUGAUACACGGUAUUUGGUUCAGUCAGCUGUGGAUGGAUAUAAUGUGUGUAUAUUUGCAUAUGGUCAAACGGGUUCGGGGAAGACUUUUACGAUAUACGGUUCUGAAAGUAACCCUGGCCUCACUCCUCUAGCUACUUCCGAGUUAUUUAAAAUUCUGAAACGUGACGGAAAAAAAUUCAACUUUUCCUUAAAGGCGUAUAUGUUGGAGUUGUAUCAAGAUACUUUGGUGGAUCUUUUACUACCAAAGCAAGCAAAACGUUCAAAAUUAGAAAUAAAAAAAGACUCCAAGGGAAUGGUAACGGUAGAAAACGCGACAAUUUUACCCAUAUCCACAUAUGACGACUUGAGAAACGUUAUUCAAAGAGGCAUAGAUCAACGCCACACAACUGAGACUCUAAUGAAUGAGGAAAGCUCGCGGUCUCAUUUGAUUUUGUCGGUUAUCAUCGAGAGUACAAACCUUCAAACUCAAUCAAUUGCUCGCGGAAAGCUAAGUUUUGUCGAUCUUGCUGGCUCCGAGAGAGUGAAAAAGUCAGGUUCGGUUGGUAAUCAACUAAAGGAAGCUCAAAGCAUUAAUAAAUCUUUAUCGGCACUUGGUGAUGUCAUAAGUGCAUUAUCUUCGGGCAAUCAACACAUUCCUUACAGAAAUCACAAACUCACAAUGUUAAUGAGUGAUUCACUCGGUGGCAAUGCGAAGACGUUGAUGUUUGUUAACAUCUCUCCCGCAGAAUCAAACUUGGAAGAGACUUAUAACUCUCUUACGUAUGCGUCGCGGGUGCGUUCAAUCGUUAAUGAUCCAAGCAAGAAUGUUUCAUCAAAGGAAGUUGCAAGGUUAAAGAAGCUAAUUGCAUAUUGGAAGGAACAAGCCGGCAAAAAAGGUGAUGACGAAGAACUCAUGGAGAUCCAGGAUGAACGCACGCCAAAAGAUAAAUCCGAUAAUCGGCAUUCCAUGUAGAUUUAUAUCAUCUUCUGGACUUUAAGUAAAAAAAAAAAAAAACUCUUUAAGCUUGCUACUAAUCAUACUAACAUGCAAAACACUGAAGAUGUAGGAUUCUAGUGUCACAACUGCUUUGUUUAGUCCGUAGUCAUGGCCAUUGGCGCACCGUGGUUUGGGGUGUUGGUCGAGUAUGGCUUGGAUUCACAGUGAAGUUGUAUUUGUUUGAAAUUUUGGUUGAUGGUGGGAGUGGUUAGAAGUGGUCUAGGUGGGGCUACAAUACAAUGGUAAUGUUGUAUGGUAAAUUGAUGUGUAUAGUAUCUUGGUUAUGAAAUUUAUAUUUCGUAUUAAUGAGUGCAA